AUGGCGGACCAUCUGCCUCCUGCUCUGCUGGAAGCCUGCGUAGUAGUAGGAGCAUCUGUCGACAAACUCAGGGAGGUCUACCAGGCUGUUAACAAUAAUGGAGGUCUAGAGCAUCUGCUGUUGGAGCCAGAGGUCCUGCAUGUCUUGGCGCCUCCCUUUGUUAGCAGACCACAAAAUGAGUGUGAAGUGGUGAGGCCACGUGGGAAGAGGCGGCGCUCCUUUCUCAGGAGGAAGAGGGAACAACCUCCUUCAGCUGCUGCUGCUGCUGCAACCCAGAGCCAAGGUGGAGGAGCAGAAGGAAGAGGAGGAAGUGAAGAUGUCAGUGUGCCCAAAGACAUUGACCUCAUGGCUUUGCCUCAGCUCUGCUUCCCUGAUGGGCUGCAGGUCACUAAUGAACAGAGAGAUGAACAGUUUCACUUCCUGGUUUUCACUGAUGUCUUUGGCAACAAGUCCCAUGGAGUAGUAAUGCAGUGUUACCGACCAAUACUGGAAGGGAUGUCUUCCUUCCACAAUGGAACCGGGUCCUCUAAGUUUUCUACAGUUUUCUCUGCCUUCAGUUUCUGUGUAAUAUCCAAGUAUCCGUACUUCACUGCGCUGAAAGACUGUCUGUCCUGCCUGUUAGUCCAGCUGAGAACUUGUCGUUUAUCAGACAUGGAGGAGAGAGUGAAGGAGUUUGCAGCCAAACUGACACUUGUGCCCGUCCCACCUCCUGUGACAUACUUACAUUUGAUGUUUACUUUGCGUCCCCUGACCAUUGUUUUACCAUCCAGUGAAGACAAAGACCACCCAGCUAUAGAUUUAGACCUCCAUCUACCUUUCCUCUGCUUCAGGCCACAGCAACUACUGCAGGUGAUGUCUUGUCUCCUGCAGGAGCAGCGGGUGGUGUUAUUUUCUUCUGACUGGGCCAGACUCACACUGGUGGCAGAGAGUUUGUUGCUUUUCCUGCAACCUCUGUCAUGGCAGCAGCCUUAUGUUCCUGUCCUGGCCAGAGGCAUGCUGGACUUUCUCAUGGCUCCGACUGCCUUCCUUAUGGGCUGCCAUCUCAGCCAUUUUGAAGAGGUUGCUGCCGAAACAGAUGAUCUGAUCUUAAUCAACAUUGAUAGUGGAAGUGUCUCUACUUCCUGUUCUGAUACCGUUGACCUUCCCAACAUUCCUCCAGCUGCUGCAGACUGCUUCACACAGAGGAGUCAGUCUCUGCAGAUACACUUUGACUUGGAUCAGUGCCACCACAACAGCUGCACCGACAUCAACGAGCAGCGGGCGCACAGAAGAGCGUGGCAACAGAACCUCAACCAUGACAUCCAGAGGAUCACGCUGGAAAUGAUUGUCAACAUAUUCAGGGAUGUUAGUUGUCAUCUUAACUAUGAACAUCGAGUGUUUAACAGUGAAGAGUUCCUGAAAACCAGAGAGCCAGCUGAACAACUUUUUUACAAGAAGGUGCUGGAGACAUACAUCUUCCAUUCCUUCCUCAAGGAUCGUCUCAACAGGAAAAUAGACAAUUACGCUCGCAUGGAGCUCAGCACUCGUUCAGAGAUGCAGAAGAUGAAGGCUAUGAUUGAAGUCCCACGGAGACCCACCAUGCAGGAGAUUCAAGCCCGGAGAAAGAGCUCCAUCACAGAGAACAGGCUGAAUAAAAGACUGGGGAUGAGCCUUCCUAACCUGGGAGAUGCCCAAACUAUCAGCUUCAAAAGAAACUCACUGCUGACUCGGAUCAUCGUGUCUGACCCUGCGCUGAGAACUCCUCCUAAGCCUGUAAAGGUGUUUAAACUCCCAGACUUCCCGGCGUCGCUGUCCUUCCACUCUGUCCAAAGUUAUUACAGUGAGCUCAUCCAGCAGCUCGGCAAGGCCAUCUUCUCCGUCCAAAACGAGAACUCUACUCUGCUUGCCAGAUUCUACUACUUGCGUGGUUUCAUCAACACGUUGUGUUCACGGCGGCUGGAUGCUCUGAGUGAUUUCCAGAACCUCUACAAGACAGACACCGCCAUCUUCCCCACACAGCUGCUCACGUGGCUCGUGGAUUCGCUGCACCGAGACGAGAGACAGCAAGCUGACAGACGACCUGAACUCAAGAGACUCAUCCUCAAGGUGAAGACAGAGAAUGAGAAGACAUUGGUGCAGCCCGACGACCAUGUGAAGAAUUUCGAGCUUCCUCGUAAGCAUCUGCAUCAGGACGACUUUGUGCGGUGCGUGCAAGAAUGUGGGAUUGUUAAGGAUGUGGCGACCAUACACCGUUUAUUUGAUGCUCUCACUGAUGGCCAGCCAAAGCAGGUCGAUCCCGACCUCUUCAGAGUUUUUUACACCUUCUGGAAGGAGACAGAGGCUGAGGCACAAGAUGUCAACCUGCCCACUGAGGUCAUCGACCACCUUGACAAUAGCGAGUGUGUCUACAAGUUGUCAUCCUGUGUCAAGACCUCCCAUGGCGUUGGCAAAAUCGCCAUGACGCAGAAACGUCUGUUCUUGCUGACUGAGGGUCAACCGGGCUACUUUGAAAUCACAAAGUUCAGAGAUAUACAGGACGUGAAGAUUGCCUCAGCUCCCUUUCUACUUGUUCGUAUUCCCUCCCUUCGUAUCCAGACCUCUGGCAGGCCUGAGGUGUUUGAGGCCAACCUGAAGACAGAGACUGAACUCUGGAACCUUGUGGUCAAAGAGAUGUGGGCCGGACGCAAGAUGGCCGAUCAACACAAGGACCCUCAGUACAUGACUCAGGCUCUGACCAAUGUGCUGUUGAUGGAUGCUGUCAUGGGCUGUGUGCAGACCCAGAGGUCCAUUAUUGCUGCCUCAAAGCUGGCUUACUUUGAUAAGAUUAAACAUGAAGUGCCCAUGAUGGUGCCUAAAACUACCUCAGAGACGCUAAAACACAAGAUCAACCCCUCACUGGACCUGGCUGAACCUCAGACUGUACAUGUGCUGUUAUACACACCAGGUCAGUUGACGUGCAAUGACUCAGAGGGUGAGAUGAACCCGAAGCUGUGGGUGGCUCUCAGUGGGGGCAAAGUGGUUGUAUUCGAUGCAGCGAGCUGGUCCAUGUUGCAGGACUGCAUUCAGGUUGGAGAGUCAAAGCUGAACUGCAUGCUGGGAUUGGUCCAGGAGCAGGUUUGGAUUGGCUCCCAGGACUCUGUAAUCUACAUCAUUGACACUCACAGCAUGUCCUGCAACAAACAGCUGACUGAGCACAGACAUGAAGUUACUGGCCUCACCGUGGACACCAGAGAUCAACACAACAGUCAGCAGACAUACUCCUGCAGCAGUGAUGGGAUGAUCCUGCAGUGGGACUCGGCCAGUCUCAAAGUGAAGCGACAGCUCCACCUGAGCUGUGACCGUCUCUCCUCCAUACAGAUCCAUGAUGGCACGUUGUGGUGCUGUUGUGGUGACCGCAUUGUGGAAUUAAAAAAGAGUGGGAUACCACAGCGUUGGAUGACACUUCCUGACGACCUACUGAGCGUGCCCAGUAGCUUCAGCAGCUUCAUUGUCAUGCCAGAGCGAGGUCAGUUGUGGACGGGCUGUGUAGACUCGGGGGAGCUGUGUCUCUGGCACACCCACAACCACAGGCAUCUAUCCAAAAGAAUCCCCCUGCCAGGCAGUUCAGGAGUCACCUGUAUGAUUCGCGUGAAGGACCAGAUCUGGGUGGGCUGUCGUGGCCGGAGCGGUGUCGGAGGUCAUUGUGACGGUCACCUGAGGAGUCAGGUGUUGGUGGUGGACCCAGAGAGCCACACUGUGGCUAAGGAACUGCAGGCUCAUUCAGACAGCAUCCAGACACUCUGCUCAGCUGAGGAUCGCUACGUCCUGAGUGGCUCCGCACGCCGUGAUGGCAAGAUCGCCAUCUGGAAAGUCGAGUAGAGAAGAGCGACAGAGAAAGCAACAGAAUGGAAAGAGGUGGGUACAAGUGAGGCAACAGAGGAGCAUGGGGAGAAGAAAGAAGAAAAACACAGAAGGCACUUUAAAGGAAAGCAUGACAUGAAUGAGGGUCGGGAUACAAAAGAGUAACAAAGAAAAACAGAGAAGUGCAGAGGAAAGUUCUUUUCUUUCACUUGGCGAAGCAGCUUUUUAAAGCCACAUUUCAAUGGUAAUUGAAGUUUUCUGCUCAGAGCUAUAAUUAAUUAAGGACACAAAAUGAUGAAAGCAGCUCUUAAAAAUGACAUUGUGAGACUUAUAUGGAAGUGUGAGCCCUUGGAGCAAAGUACAGUACACUGAAUGUAACAAAGAUGUGCUUACUGACGCUGGUCUUGGACGACGAAGAGCAGAUCUUUUUCUUCUUGGAAACAAACCUUCUAUGCACAUGGAGUGUGAAAAAGAUCAAGUCUGUUCCUGCUGUAUGUUCUGUUUUAAAAAAAA